CGAUACCAGAUGUUUAUGUUCCGCAUUCCUAAUUUGUGAUGACCGUUUCGGCUUGAAUCAGCAAGCCAAACCCGAAAACUUUCACUUGGCGAUUUUAAGGAUUUUCAGUUUUUAUAAACCUCAGAAAGAAAUUAAAUCUUGCAGAGAGAAACUUCUUAUGUAUAAAUGGAGAUCUUCACAUUCGACAAGAGUCUUCAAGAACGUCUCGUGGACUUUUCAGAAAUCCUCUCCAAUCGGGAGGAUAUAGUUCCAGCCUCUCAAAUCCGUUCCGAAUGGGCCUACCACAUAGAGCUCGUGAUUGAGCCAGUUGGUUGGCGAGCCUUGUGGAAGAUCCCCAAAUUCACAUGCCAGGAUUUUGAGAUCCAUUACCCAACGAUAGUCGUCGUCGAAGUCCAGCAUGUCAACUUUGCUGAACUCACAUCUCUCGUGAAAAUUGUCGCCGUCCAGGAUGACAUUCACUUACCGGAAGAGUACGAUGUGCCUCUGAUAGAACUGUACGCCACUCAAGUUCAAGAAAACGAUGCUUUGGACAUGGUAGGCACUGCGAAUUGUAUUGACGAGCUUCGCUUUUUCUACAAUUACCUUUGGAUGCCCUGGGACGCUGAUGACGAUGACAACGCUGACUGGGUUGCGACGCACCUUGAAGCCAGACUCAGACUCUUUUUCGACAUGAAGAGAGGCAGCGUUUGCAAAAAGACUUGUGAUGUCAUCAGGUCUCUGAUGAGGGAAGGAAGAGAGAUACAAGCGAAAAUUUCUAGAUUGGAAACGGACAUGUCUGAUGAUGAGGAUGAGCAGGAAGGUUCUUUGGAUGAGGGGAAAGCCUGUCAGUUGUUGAAGUUACAUUUUAGACUGCAGCAGAUCAAAACGGAAAUGGAAGUGAUGGAAAAUCCGGCGAUGAGGAAUAUGCUGAUCAGGCAUCAGGGGACUAGUGCGAUGGAAGUUGAGACCAAGAGACGGGAGAGCGGAAUCAGAAGGCUGGAAGGAUAUUUCGUUUGGCUUGGUGGAUCUUUGGAAGACACUAUUUCUUCCUUGAGUCAAGCCAAAGGGUUUUUACCACCCGAUACACUCGUCAAAACAUCUAGCUGCUUAAAAGAAGCGUUGGAUUCGUGUGAUGCUGGAGACAUUGUAAUUCUCGGCAAGGGAAAUCACCCAAUCAGAGGAUCUGGUAAUUUGGAAGAUGGAGGGAUGAUCAAGGGUAUUAAUUCUCGAGAAACUACGGUUCUCUGUCCCAAGGAAACAGAAAGUGGCCCUUCCUUGUUAGAUUUUUCCGGGGGAGAAGUCGUACUCGAGAAUUUGACUGUCGAUUUAGGAGACCUGCAGGCAGGCAUUCUCGUUAGGAAAGGAACGGUGAAACUAGAUGGAUGUAAAAUCCAUGCCACAAAUAAAAGUGUAAUUAAAAUAGGGAUAGUAGUUCUGCCUGGAGCAAAACUUAUUUCACAAAAUACGACUUUCGUGGGACUAGGGACUGCUGUAAUGGUCCAUUCCUCUGGAGAUGCGAUUUUAAGCGAGUGUAGUUUCGAAGAGUGCAUAGAAGGCAUUCAGCUUCAAGACAACGCAAGACUCACUAUGACUAACAGUUCUCUAACGAACUUCAAAGAAUACGGCAUUCGACUGGAAUUAGAAAAAAAUUCAAGCGACACGGAAAGCAAAACGGGCGGCACAGAAUUGCUGGAAAAUAUUUCUGAUAUUUCUUUAGAAGGCUGCAAAUUUGGGAAUAAUGGCAAAGGCGACGUUUUAUUGAAAUCGCAAACCGGUGUUUCUUUAUUAACAAAAUCCGAAGCUAUGAUUUCUUGAGAUAAAUUAUUUUUAAGCAUGCAAGGACUUUGUACAAUUUUUUUAUAAUCUAAGGCAUAUUAGCAAAUUGUUAAGAAUGUAAUAGGAAUUUAUUUCAGCUAUAAAGUGCAUAACGAUUGAUUAAACAAUCAAAAA